AUGCCCUCGUAUCUUACCCAUGACAGCGCGCCGGUAGAUUCGCCCGAUCUCGAUAUUCUCCAGCUCAGCCAUCAGGGCAAGUUUGGUCUCGCCUCGGAUAAGAUUGCGCCUCAUACCCAUAUAAUCGACCGCUCUAGGUCCGACCACGCGACUGAGAGCUUCGAUGGGAGCUCGCUGGUCUCUACGCACGACUCUGACGCUUCUGGCACCCAUGCAAUGAUGCCCAACGAAAAUGGCAACGGCACUCGACCUACGAGCAUUAACUCGUACACCAACGACGACGCGCGCGACACACACUCCACAGCUCCCAACGGCCUUCCCAAUGGAAAAAUCACCCUGCCUGAUCGAGCUUUGCCUCAAUUGCCCGCGCAGAAUGGCCAUUCCCCUCAAAACGGCUCCGCCGAGCAUUCAAGUCAAAUACCUGCCGCUCCUCUCCGCCAGCCACCGAAUCCGCCAAAUCUCGCUUCGGCCGCCACGCCAAGCCACGACGAACAACCGCCCAUGCCCAUCGAAAAGGAUUUUGCUCAGACCCCAGUCGCUUCGCCCGGUCUCGAUGAUGGGAAGCAAAGCGCCGAGUUAUUUUCUUCAAAGCCAUCUUCCCACCGCUUCUCUUCCCCUCCCGCCUAUCAACCUGGUAAUACCUCAUUGAAUGCAUCUCCCUCCGGCCACCUUCUUCCACCGACUCCAGCACCAGUCCUGAAGCAACGACAUACCCUCGAGGUUCCCAAAACCAGCCGGCCUUCUAAAGAUGGGCAGGACGCGGUCCUGGCGACGGGCAGAUUCUCGCCAACAUCUGCUGUAUCUGGUGCACGACGUGCCUCCAUGAAUUUGGGCCGUAGAGCGACCCGUUCAGGAAUAUUCGACAUGCCCCGCGAUGAGGUAGCUCCGGACGAGGACGCCACUAGGUGGGCCGAAGCCAUUCGCCAGAAGCGAGCUAGCAAGCGCAGGCGCAAGGAGGAGGAAGAUGAUGAUCGCGUCCUCGUUGGCACAAAGGUCGACGAGAGUCAUGCCAAUUGGGUCACGGCCUACAAUAUGUUGACUGGAAUUCGCGUCUCCGUCUCCAGAACAAACGCAAAGCUCGAUCGCGAGCUCACAGACGCCGACUUUGAAGCCAAGCAAAAGUCGACUUUCGAUAUCACCGGAAACGAGCUGGUCCCUUCGGCCAAGUAUGAUUUCAAAUUCAAGGAUUACGCCCCGUGGGUCUUCCGGCGCCUGCGCGCAUUCUUUCGUCUCGACCCCGCCGACUACCUCAUGUCUCUGACUGGCAAGUACAUUUUGUCGGAGCUGGGCUCUCCAGGCAAGAGUGGCAGUUUCUUUUACUUUUCUAGAGACUACAAGUACAUCAUUAAAACGAUUCAUCACUCGGAACAUAAAUUUUUGAGGAAAAUCCUUAAAGAUUACUAUACCCACGUUCAGCAAAACCCCAACACUCUACUCUCUCAGUUUUACGGACUACACCGUGUCAAGAUGCCCUAUGGGAAGAAGAUCCAUUUUGUGGUCAUGAACAACCUCUUUCCACCGCAUCGUGACAUUCACACCACUUUCGAUUUGAAGGGCUCGACAGUUGGGCGAGACUACAGGGAAGAGGACUUGGAACAAAAUCCAAGGGCCACAUUGAAGGAUCUCAAUUGGCUGCGCAGGAAGCGACACCUGGAGCUAGGUAUCCAGAAGAAGAGAUUGUUCCUGGAACAGCUACGCGCUGAUGUGGUGCUGUUGAAGCGCCUUCAGAUAAUGGACUAUUCUCUACUCGUUGGCAUCCACGACGUGUCUCGUGGCAACGAUGAGAAUUUACGUGACAAGACACUGCAAGUUUUUAACCCAAGCCGCGAAAAAUCGACGGAUGAUGAGCCGCCAAUGGUUCUGCACCGAACGCCAUCCAAGCUCGAGACCGCCCGCAAAGCCCGCGAACUGCGGCAGAUGAUUCGACAAGAGCGUCCCAUCCCGAUGGGCCAGGCCAUCGACAAGAUGCCCGACGAGCUUGGUGUAAGCCACAGCCGCCCAGGAUUUGUAUUUAACCAGGACGAUGGCGGCUUCCAAGCCACUCACGAGAAUAAUGAUCCCGCCGACGAGAUUUAUUACCUGGGUGUCAUUGACUGCCUGACCCACUACGGUAUUAUCAAGAAGAUUGAGCACUUUUGGAAGGGCCUCUCCAGCGACAGGACGCAGAUUUCUGCUCUACCUCCAGAUCAGUACGGCGAUCGCUUCUACAACUUUGUGGAGGGCAUCACAAUGUCCAGCGAGGAGGCACACAGAGAGGAAAUUCGACGCGAGCAAGAAGCCAUGGAAGCACGUCAAUCGAGCGAGACGCGGGGCGGGGGACAUCGGCAAUCGAUUCCGCCAAUGCCAACUCAUCUUCCUCCGGUACCGCCCGGCGCCACCGAACAUCAGGAGCCAAAGGACACCAUAGACAUGGCGACCAGAGCGGCGCAAAAGAGCCCGGGCCCCGACACACACCCGCCAGAGCGGACCAUCAAGACCAUGUCGGUACCCUCGGAAAACCGCAACUCGGCGCAGCACGAUCCCAUUUUACCCGUGGUUGAAGAGCUGGGCGAGAGCAGCCGCGACGGCGCCAACGGCCACUUUAGUGACGACAGCUUUUCGGCUCCAACGCGUGCCGCCCCUCCACCACCGGCCAAGGACGAUGCCGUCGAUGACCUGGGCCAACCACGCACAAAAAGCCGCGGAAGCUUGGACAAGAAGCUCCCACCUCUACCCAAGGAAGCAGCGGAUCAGCGCAGCGGGAUGGCAUAG